AUGGUUGAAGUCGACUGGACACGAGCGCACAAGGAAGGGCGUGUCAAACUCCCAGAUGGCCAUCACCUUUUCGUCAAAGCCUCCGGACCAGCACGGCAGAGACCAGGCGAGCCUGCCAUCGUCAUCGAGCACGGCCUAGGUGGUUCCUGGGAGGAAUGGGUCGCCGUCCAACGCCUUGUGUCUCGCACAGCACGCGUCUACUCGUACGAACGUGCCGGCUAUUAUAGAUCUGAUCAACCUACCAAACCGCCUACAGCCGGGAACAUCGCUGUAGAUCUGCACCAAAUGCUGCAGAUAGCGAACAUUGCUCCGCCUUAUUUGCUUGUCGGCCACUCAUACGGCGGCGUGCUGAUCGGGCAGUAUCUGGCAGACUAUCCUGAUGAGGUCUUCGGCAAAUGA